AUGACUUUGCGAGAAAUAAAUUCUCGGCAAAGUCUUAUUAGAGAAUAUGAUCAAACUGCUCCUAAACUAAGACUAAGUCGGGUAGAAUUAAUUGCUACGAGAAAAAUUAUUGGCUAUAUCCUAAUUUACCUCAUACAAUGGACGCCUGUGUUGAUUUACGUUGUCGGAGAAACUGUUCAUUACAACACAUUAUGGAUAAAUGUCAUAGCAAUUGCAACAAUUAACUUUGGUGGCAUAGGAAACAUGACUACAUACAUGAUAAACGAAAGACAGAGUGAUGAUUGCAAAUCUAGCAUUAUAUGCGAAUCUUCUUCGCGCACUCCAAAUUUUACUCCAACGAUUAAUGUUACAGACGAUGAAUCUCAAAUUACGAUUAAUGAGGUCGUUACUAUAGAAGUUAAUCAAUAUCAUUUUUCUAGUUCACCAAUAGAGAGAGUUUUUGGUAUU